AUGAUAUUUUUUCAAGACACUAUCCCCAAGAAGUCGAUGUUUGUUUUUGAGUAUUUCGCGGACCAUCUCCUACAUCUUGCUCAAAAGGACUUGCCACUCGAAGUGACAAAAAGGAUUCUCAGGGAUGCUCUUCGUGGAAUUGCAGAACUCCAUGAUCAGGAUAUUGUACAUACUGAUAUCAAGGCGGACAAUGUUUUUAUCGAUUGGGAAGGUCAGAGUGAUGAAAUUAUUAUUAAGAGAGUCCAGCUUGGAGAUCUUGAAGAUGCCGCGCAUAUUCCUCCUGGAUCACAUAUGAUCGGAAAACAGGCCGGGAAUUGGAUGUGGAGGAGGCCUGAAGCCCAUGCCAAGGGCCCUUUGGAUAAGCCCUCUGAUAUUUUCUCCUUUGCUCUCGUCGCUUUCAAUGCAUUUAUGCGGUUGCAUAAACGCGUCAUCUUUGCUGUUGGGGAAGAUGAGUUGGACGAGGGUGUGGACCGUUUGAGCAUUGUCAUUGAGCGCCAAAUAUCAUACUUUGCAGAUGAAGGUGGAAUGAGUGGGUUUUUGAAGCAUCUUGGUGAUAAUCCCUGGGUUCGUGUUUUCGAAGUAAUUCGGGAUGGUUUCGACAAAGAUCACCCUCGCAGACCACCUUCCCUCUGGAAAGGUGUUGAUAAAGAGUUUAAAAGUCUUGUCUGUGCCAUGACAAAUUUUGAUCCGAAAAAGAGAAUCACGGCCCAUGAGGCGUUGGCGCACAAGUGGUUUGAAGAUGUCUCACAUGAGCAGGAGAAGCAAAUUCUCUUAGAAUCAAUAUCUCUAAUCAGCGCUUCUCAGAUUGUUACAUUAAGCCUUCUCAAUAGGGAAUGA